CCACCGGGGGGAAGGGGGGACUCGCUCUCGGCCGCUCAGCCCAGUUUCCAGGGAACACACUGCCAGCUGCCGUGGCUCCACCGUCUCUAAUGCAAUACGUUCCCUCGCAGAAUAUUCUGUCCCACCCGACCCACUUCAUACCGCAGCACUUCGGCUAUGUGAUCCUGGUGUUUAUCUACAGCUGGGUCAUGCUGGCCUAUCUGGCAAUGAAAGUGGGCAUCGCCAGGAAGAAAUACAAUGUCAAGUAUCCAAACAUGUACAGUGAAAAGGACCCAAUAUUCAAUUGCAUCCAACGAGCACAUCAAAACACACUGGAGAUAUAUCCUCAGUGGCUGAUCUUCCAACUGAUAGCUGGAGCUGUCUAUCCGAUCACUGCUUCGGUUCUUGGUAUUAUCUGGGUAACCAGCCGAUUUACAUAUGCAUGGGGAUAUUACUCAGGAGUGCCAGAGAAAAGAAUGAAUGGUUCGUAUGGAUAUAUUGGUCUACUGGGAGUCAUUUUUCUGUCUAUAGUUGUCGCUUUUAAAAUCCUCCUUUCAACGGGAUAAACAAAGCCAUUCCAUUCUACCUUCUACCACAAAUAUAGAUGUAGGAAAAUAACUGUGACUGACUGCUUAGCAAUAGUUCUGGUAUUAUACAUAUUCAGCCAUUUUGAAAUGAGCAUCAUCUUAGCACUUCCUGCUAUUUGUUUGAUUAUCAGCCAUUCUCUUCAAUAUGAUAAGCAUUCCAUUUUGAUUAGGUUUUGUGGGACAAAACAUUUUCUACUCCAUUUAACAUAAAUGAUGCGUUGCAAAUUAUAUUUAAAAAGUUGUGUUUUAUAAACUGGAUAAUUAUAGAUAAAUCCCAGCAGAAAAAUCACAUUCCA